AUGGAGACAUGGGACUCAAAUCUACCUACAAAAACGAGUGAGGAGCAAUCACAGCAUGCACUAGCUUCGCGCCACAAUACGAACAACAAUAACCUACGAGCAUGUCACUCCUGCCAUAUUUCCAAGGUGCGAUGCAACCAGCCAAUCCCUGGUAUGCCAUGUUUGAGAUGCCAAAAGGCCUGCAAACCAUGCUUCCUCGUGGAGAAACCGCAGAAGAACCGUCAAGAAGUGAAUGGCCGCAUUCUGGAGCUACAGUCUAAGAUCGAUAAAAUGAUAUCAGCUGCUGUUAAACAGGAGGCCACUGAUAACCGGACUCGCAACACGGAGUCCUUUCCAGCUGGGCCUACUGAUUUGACUCCAAUAUCACAUAUUCCUGGGCAACAUGGCUGGGGUUCAUCUGUGGGGAAUACCCCGCCAAUACUCUCCAAUGUGGGCUCCGGGGUUGUGGAUCUUAAAACCAGCAUACAGUCGGUACUAGACAAAAGCAUCACCCCCUAUCUUGAUAAUGCCACCACGGAAAUUAUCUUCAAACGCUAUAUCACAAAUAUGGCUCCCACAUUCCCAGCCGUAGUCUUCCCUCCAGGCACAACGGCGGCCGAUGUACGGAAGGACAACCCGAUUCUCCUGUUAGCAAUUCUUGACGUAGCAUCGUCUGGGUUCUGUGAGUUGGAGAUUCAGCGAAGACUCCGAAAGCUGGUCGUGCAGACGUACGUUCAUUGUAUGCUACGCAGCGACCAAUACACCCUCGGCUUACUGCAAGCAUUGAUCGUUUCUGCCACAUGGUAUCGGUCAAUUGAGCCAUUGGAGCCGGGAGAGCAAAUGGAUAUCUACCAAAUUGGUCACACUGCUGCUAAUAUGGCAUUGAUCAUGGGACUGGGUGACAAAUUGAAUAAUAAAAACAGAUCCUCAGCUUUGCCAGGGGAGGGACAGACCGACCGACGCCAAGCAGAGUUUCUUGGAGCUCGGAGGGUCUGGUUGGGAUGUCACUAUAUUUGCUCGAAGUGGGUGAUCGGAGUCGACGUCUACUAA